CCUCACCUCACGCUAAAUUGGAUAUUGACUCCCAAGCACCCUGCGGAGCGCGCGAGCGACCGCCGCUGUCCCCGCGCGAGCAGUGCUGAGGGCAGACGCGACUCGUGCGCCUGAUAAAUGCGCGGCCUCGUACCGAGCUCCUCGUCUGGCCAGCAAGAUGAGCUCGUGGGUCUCGCUGCUCGUGCUGCUGGCAGCGUGCGUGCGGUUUGGAGGCGCGGAGGGCGACCCCCUCCCUGCUGCUCUAGUGGAGCUGGUGAGGACGAGUCCCGUCUCCUCUAUAGAGGACCUGCAGCUGCUGCUGUUCAGUGACUCCGUAGAGGAGGACGCAGACGAGCAGUCUACUGAUGGGCAGCACGCCAAUGCCUCUUACAUACGCCUGCCGCGGAGCCUGGACGCCCAGCCCGCACAGCAGGCCCAGUGUAAGGUGCGUACGGAGGUAACCGAGGUGACCCGCGGCAUGCUGGACCGUAGCAACGCCAACUUCCUGCUCUGGCCGCCGUGUGUGGAGGUCCAGCGCUGCUCAGGAUGCUGCAACACCAAGAGCUUACACUGCGUACCUGUACUCACACACACACGCUACCUACAGGUCAUGAGGAUUCAGUACAUCAACAAACGCCCUCACUACGACAAGGCUGUGGUUUCCGUUAGCGACCAUGUGGAAUGCCGCUGUGAGCCCGCCCCUCGUUCCGCUGGCGGCUCCAAGAAGAAGCACAGGCAAGGGCACAAGGAGCGCGUUGGCAAGAGCCACACUAAGGAGGCGCUGCAUGGGCCGGACCAGCUGAAGCAGAACCAGCUGCAGGACCUGUUGAAGGGGUCGCCGUGGCAACACGACAGUGGCCCCUCCCCGAAGAUCCCCCUCAGGUGGGACGAGGGGCGAGCGGACUUCCUGCUUCCCGACAGAAUGCAUCAUGGGAAAGGGCAGCAGCGGCAGGGAAGUCGUAAUGAGACUGUGUCAGUGGUGGACGGACGUGGGGAGUCAGUCAGAGGUCAUCACCACGGGGACGGUGAGGGAGGAUGGGGUCACCGUGGCGACACAUUCGCCGCUGUCGAGAGCUCAACUGGCCACCCGCAGCACCGUCCAAAGACUCCGUCAGACGGAAGACCAGAGGCGGACCUCACCAGGGGAGGGGUGGAGACACAGAUCCACCACCCAAUCCAGCACCGCUACGACCUGAGCAAAAUGGCCGCUGCAGCCAAUCAGAAGCACACACCUAGCCACAGGCUUAAGCUUAACCAAUCAGAAUACGACAAUCAGAAUCACGAAGCCGUACGCACCAAUCAGACUGGUGGACAGAGACUCGGCUUCACGGAGGUAACCAAUCAGAGUGGCGAGCGCAAGGACAAUCCCACGCUAGAAGCCAAUCAGGGGAGGGAGCAGGGGCCCGCCCCCACGGAGCUGACCAAUCACAGGCCCACAGGGAACGAGACGCCGGAGGGCAGACUGGGGGAGGAGGUGCGGGAGCCGCUGGAGGAGGAGAAGAGGGAGCUGCUGUUGCUCCACCGCAGGCUUGAUGAGGAGAAGCAGCUCCUCCAACAACAGCAGCACACACACACACAGCAUCACAGAACCACUAUCAGGACAGACACUACUGCUCCAGCGUCCACGGCAACGACCACCACGGCAACCACCACGUCCACAGCAACGACCACCACGGCAACCACGGCGUCCACAGCAACGGCCACCACGGCGACGACAACAACGGCAGUUGCACAGCGGCCCAGAGCGCCGCCCAGGCCCCCUCCCCCCCCGCCCCCACCCACACCCCCAGAGACGGAGGAGGAAGCACAGGAACCGCAUCAGCAAGGCAGCCAUGAGAGCCAUGCUCAUGUAGACAACACACACUCACACACACUCUGGGUGCCGCCUGGUGGCCCAGUCCGGUUCGGUCCAGUCCUAGGUGGUCUCGGAGGCAGAGAGGCGCUGGGGGCUCUUCCUCCACUCGUAUGUGUUUUCAUGUUCAUGUUGUCCACUUGUUCCUUGUGACCUGAUGUGACCUGCCCAAACAACAGCACUAACACGCCUCCACUGGGCCCCAUAAUCGGACGUCCAGUUCACUGACCAUGCCAGUGAAGCAGGGGGCCACUCAGUACUAAAACUGCCAUGGCGUGACCCUCAGCUUCACUCAACCUCUUGAGUCUUGGAUGAAACCUUCCCUGUGAGGCAGUGUAAACAAUGAACUACAACUCCCAUGAUCCUCUCUCUGAAACUGGAACACUGGAAUGUUUGCAGUGGCUAAAGAAUGCAUCAGGUUCCGCUCUGCCUCCCUCAGCUGACGAUGGGGCGUGAAAUAGACACAGGAAGUCAACCCCGAGGAACUGAUAAAUCAACCUUCAAUGUUAGAGUGACUAGAAAAGUGCUUCAUGCCAUUAAAGUCAAAUCAGUUAAGUUCUGUGUGAAUUCAAACAUCACAGUCUAACAACACACAUGGACUUGUCGUUGACUUUUCAUGUCAGCACAGUCUCUACCCACUCUGGCCGUCCACUCUGCCUACGAUGACCACACAAGUCAUGUGACUGCCAGACCUGAGCAGUGGAUGAGGAUGUCACAGAUCCAUUUUGACUAAAGUGUUGGUCUGAUCUGGGAUCAAUUGGUUCGGACUUUUGGACUGAAUGUGUAUGCGUUGAGAUGCUGCAAACAUGAUGGAAAAAAGGGUGAAAGGGAAAAACAUAUUAUAAGACAUAAUACAUAAUAUACAUAUAACAUACGCCUAAAGAUAAACAUAAGCAUAAACAACUCACCUGCAAACUCAACUUCAUAUGUAAAACUGUUGUUCUUUUGUUUUUGUGUAAUGUGUUAUUUAAAUCAAUCAAAACACUGGAAACAUCACUAAAGAUAUACUAAAGGUAGUAUUUGUGUAGCUUAAGGCAGCUGUAUGUUUCGUGGACUAAAAAAGGUAACAAUUCACUUGGAGAGUCCACCCACAGAGAUGUUUAACAGGUCAUUCCAUUAAGAUUCAAGUUCUGUAUGUUAAACUAGUGUUGAACAAUUACUGAACAUUAGCUUAAUCAAUUCUAACCCCUAACCUUAAAUGUAAUGGUAAUUUGUAGUUUGAACAGAUAGCUUGUUGAUAAUCUGUAUUUAAGAACAGAUAGCUUGUUGAUAAUCUGAGUUUUUGAACAGAUAGCUUGUUGAUAAUCUGUAGUUAAGAACAGGUAGCUUGUUGAUAAUCUGAGCAUCUGUCGGACUAAUCUGUGGGUGGACUACCCAAGUGAAGUGUGACCCAAAUAUGGAGCAGGAGCUGACCUUGGACCUUUGCGUGACCCCUCGCCUGGACUGGGUUCUGAUCUGGGGACUGAUUGGGUUCUGAUCUGGGGAUGGAUUGGGGUCUGAUCUGGGGCUGGAUUGGGUUCUAAUCUAGGACUGAUUGGGUUCUGAUCUGGGACUGGAUUGGGUUCUGAUCUGGGCUGGAUUGGGUUCUGAUCUGGGGAUGGAUUGGGUUCUGAUCUGGGGAGGGAUUGGGUUCUGAUAUAGGACUGAUUGGGUUCUGAUCUGGUGACUGAUUGGGUUCUGAUCUGGUGACUGAUUGGGUUCUGAUCUGGGGAUGGAUUGGGUUCUGAUCUGGGCUAGAUUGGGUUCUGAUCUGGGGCUGGAUUGGGUUCUGAUCUGGGCUAGAUUGGGUUCUGAUCUGGGGCUGGAUUGGGUUCUGAUCUGGGCUAGAAUGGCGUUUGAAGCAGAGCACAGCAGGCAGCUGCUUCUGGGGUGUUUCUCAAACGUGCAUCUGAAAUCGACAAGUGGCAGCAAUGAGCUCCAGCGUUGAUGGACUGUAGACGGACCCGCACGGUGAGAAAUAAGAGAGGUCAGUGGCUACGGUGAGAAAUAAGAGGGGUCAGUGGCUAUCCGGGAGCCGUGGUGCUAUAGCAUGGUGAGAAAUAAGAGGGGUCAGUGGCUAUCCGGGAGCCGUGGUGCUACAGCACGGUGGGGAGUAAGAGAGGUCAGUGGGUAUUCGAGUCAUGGGGCUAUUGCAGAAUGAGACAGCACAGGACUGGACAUGAGCUGUGUGUUGUUAACAUAAUUGAGAUAAUCCUCUCCGUGCUCUUCCGCUGUAUUUGCCCUGUGCAGUUCUCUCUGUGUGCUAUGGGAAAAGAGAGCAGUGGAACUACAGCACAACGUUACACUAACAUUAUCACAUUUCAUGUUGAGUGAACCACGGUGCCAAAAUCAUCACCCUCCCUCCACUUCUCUGAGAUGAGUGAGAUAACGUAUUGUUAACGUAUAGAUAACGUACAGAUAAUUUAUGUCUUCCUCUGCUGAGAUGGGCCCACAGAGUUCAAGCGUGCUCAUAGUUAGCCAUUAACGUUAGCCACAGUCGGGUCCGUUAUGGUUUGUCCGUGUGUUUCGACUGCCAGUUCCUGCAGAAGGCAAACAGGACUCAGGCUCAGGGCAACCGGAUCGGAGCCGAGCCUGGAUCUCAUCUCUGCGGACGCGUCUCUGUGUAACCCAAUGCAUCUUGGCCAAAGAGGGAACAUCCAAUGUAAACCAAAGUUCUUUGUCCGUGUUUGUUUGACUUGUCAAGCCAUGUCAUCGGCAUGCUUAUUUAAUCAUUGUUCAUCGUAUUUAUGCAUUUCCAUUUGUUUCUGUAUGCGGGUGCUAAGCACUAAGUGUGUCCGUGAUGUUUUAUACAAAGUCCAUUAAAGACAACCUUCCACAUUC